AUGAUCGAAACUGAAAGUGCUGCAAGGCGAACGUGGGAGAAUAGCCGACACGGAUGGAUUCCAGUUCAGUUGUUCGAACGCAAUGAAAUUAUGCCAACGAAAAACGGCAAAAAGGCUGAUGAGCAAGAGUCGGCUGGACAUCUGGAGCAGGAAAAAGAAUCAUUGUUGGAUAUGCUGAGCAAUGUUAACCUUAACGCGGAACUUUUACGACUCGGCCAAGGUGACCGAGAGGAUAUCAAUGCGACAACGAAUCGUUUGCUGAACCGAUGUAAAGCAGUUGAGGUGGUCGUCAACACUCCACGCAAUUCGGAGCAAACCAAAGCGCUCACCAAUGUGAAUUCUCUAAUUGAUGGUGCUGUCAACAAGAUCCAAGAAGAUCUGAGAAAUUCAAAAGAUAUGGUGAAACGUAUGCUCAACGCGUGUUCGCCAGAUCAACCAGACGGUCCAAUCGAUCAGCGUUUUCAAUCACAGGUUAUUGAAUGUACGGCUGACGAUCAAAAGAAGAUACGUAGGCGAUUGGCAAACAUCAUUACACAGAUCGAACGUGCCCAGCGCACCUGCGUGCCUUCCUUCUAA